CAUUUUUGAAGUACAAUAUAUCCGAGCUGCCCAUCGACAGGGCAUUAGUAUUUUUUUCAAAAUUUUUGUUCACCUAAAAUUUUUGUAAAACUGUUUUAGUCUACACGGUUUUUAUAUUUAUUUUACACCGGAUUUCACAAAAUUUGUAGUAUUCAUUAUGCAGAGGGAGUGCAUCUCAGUCCACGUGGGACAGGCGGGGGUGCAGAUGGGCGUGGCUUGCUGGCAGCUGUACUGCCUCGAGCAUGGCAUCAGACCUGAUGGCACUCUUCCUGCGUGUGAGACCGACCCUAGCUCUAGUGACUCUUGCUUCAACACGUUCUUCUCGGAGGCCGACCGGGGGAAAAUGGUGCCAAGGGUCGUGAUGGUAGAUCUGGAGCCUACAGUUAUUGAUGAGGUUCGAUCCGGAGAAUACCGUCAGUUAUAUCACCCCGAACAGCUGAUAACUGGCAAGGAGGAUGCAGCGAACAACUAUGCUAGAGGCCAUUACUCCACUGGUCGCGAUGUACUUGGGCCAGUUAUGGAGCGCAUCAGGAAAUUGGCAGAUCAGUGCACUGGCCUUCAGGGCUUCUUCGUGUUUCACUCGUUUGGAGGAGGAACAGGGUCUGGGUUUACCUCACUGCUGAUGGAGAAGCUAUCAGAUGAGUUCGGAAAGAAGAGCAAAUUAGAAUUUGCUAUCUAUCCAGCACCCCAGGUUUCAACAGCGGUGGUCGAGCCGUACAACGCCGUGCUGACAACUCACGCCACCAUCGGUCAUUCGGACUGCGCCUUCAUGGUGGACAACGAAGCCAUUUACGACAUCUGCAGGCGGAGACUCUCCAUUGAACGACCGACAUAUGCCAACCUCAACAGACUAAUAUCGCAGGUGGUCUCAUCAAUCACAGCGUCGUUGCGUUUCGAUGGCGCGUUGAAUGUGGACCUCACAGAGUUCCAGACCAACCUGGUCCCAUAUCCGAGGAUACAUUUCCCACUCGCCGCCUAUGCGCCAGUUGUCUCUGCUGAUAAGGCAUAUCACGAAGGCAUGUCAGUCUCGGAGAUAACCUCAGAACUGUUCGAGCCGCAGAACCAGAUGGUGAAAUGCGACCCUCGUGACGGGAAGUAUAUGGCGUGUUGUCUGCUGUACCGCGGUGACGUUGUACCCAAGGAUGUGAACGCUGCCAUUGCAGCCAUGAAGGGCCGGGCUGGUAUCCGCUUUGUGGAUUGGUGUCCCACUGGCUUUAAGGUCGGUAUAAACUACCAGCCCCCGUCGGUGGUGGUGGGAGGUGACCUGGCGCAGGUGAAGCGAGCUGCGUCCAUGUUGAGCAACACCACAGCCAUCGCGGAGGCCUGGGGCAAGCUCGACCACAAGUUCGACCUCAUGUAUUCUAAGCGGGCUUUCGUGCAUUGGUAUGUCGGCGAAGGUAUGGAGGAAGGCGAGUUCACGGAGGCGCGUGAAGACCUCGCAGCACUCGAGCGGGACUACGACGAGGUCGCCAUUGAGACCUCGGACAUGCCGCCGGGCGAGGACGAGAUGUGACGUCAUCCUGUGACGUCAACUGCUUGUGACGUCACGCCACGCGCUCGCCAUUCGUCAGAACAUUCAAAGCGCGCUUUUCAUGUAGGAAGCUGAGUACCUAUUGGUAACGUUGCACACAGAGCGAUACAGCUUAUUUAAAUCCAGGUGAUUGGUGACUGUAAGGUUAUAUUAGAUCAUCGAGUAAAUGCAUUGUUACCAACAUGUCCCGUUGAUAAGCGGGCGUGAAGCGUCGACACCAAAGCGGACGCAAUAAAAACUGCGGCCCAAUGGUUAUAAUGUUGAUUAUUGCAGUAAUGUGAAAUUUAACUAAAGGUUUGAAAAUGUCCGCGGAGGUCGGAUGAUGCUAACUUGCCCCUUUAUUACUUAAAUCUGAAAAUAGCAUCGGUAAUAUUAUAAAUUAACGAGUUUAUAGCAAUGCACUCCCUCGUGUUUCUCUGUCGAACAAUCUUGCGACGCUAAGGUGCUCGAGGACAUUUUAUUCAAAAUUUUUAAGCAAAUGUUUGACAGAGAAAUGAUAGUAUUGGCAAAUUGCGAGACGUGGCAAUGCUUAUAUUGUAAGCGUAAUUGUUUUGUAUGUCUGUGUAUCUAAAGUCUUAAAAAGUUUAGUCCUGUGUUGUAUUUUGUUAAAUAAAGUUUUACGUGAUCACAA